UUACUGUGCGACGAGGGUGCUUUGGGCCAAUCAGAAGUCAGAAGCGGCCUCCGCCGUUUUAUUAUUGAGGGGAUCGGCUGCGGUGGUCUCGACGCGCGGGGUCGCGUUAUUGUUAACGGGAAAACAGCGUUUGGGAGCGCGAGCGGGACGGGCCGAUAACGCGGGGCGCGAACUGGACGCACCGGACGGGGAAAGCAGGGAAACGGGCGUCGUUCCAGCGGCCGGGCAGCCAGUCCGUCCGCGCUCAUUUCACUUGACGUCCGCGGCGUUUGUGCGGCGCUCGUGCGGCGCUCGCUGGUCCGAGGAUCCGCUCCCCGGGCGGCGUUUCUGGAUGGGUGGAUCGUUCCGGCCCUGCAGCGCGUUUUUCCCCAGCCGAGCGAGCGAAUCUCCGCAGGAGGCCGCGCCGCGCGAUCCGCGAUGAACUCGAAGCGAAGCAACGCUGGCGAGGGCGCCGCGGGGGGAGGAGGCAGGAUGGCCGCCCCCCCGGCGGCAGGCGGGUCCCACCGCAAGCAGAGCAUCAUCAACUCCCCGGCCAAGGCUCGCGCGGAGAGGGGCGAGCUGGGGCGAGACGGGACCCUGUCCAUCACCUCGCUGCGGACCCGCCUCGGGCCCACCAUCCGCUCCACGCUGUCCGCCGCCGUGGACACGCUGCUCGGGGAGAUCGUGGCCGUGAUGUCGGAGACGCAGGGCGAGCUGCGCUGUAAGGAGCAGGAGAACGAGAAGCUGAAGGUGCGCCUCGAGGUGUCCGAGCGCGAGCUGAAGACGCUGCAGGAAUGUCUGUGCAGCGCGCAGAAGCUCAUCGACCAGCUGCAGGGGCCCUUCGGCAGCCCCCCCCUGCCGGGCCACCACGGCUACCCGCCGCCGCCGCCGCAGGUCAACCCCGUGGGCUCCGGCCGCCUGGUUCACCGGGGAGCGAGCGACUCCGCCACCGACCCGCGCUGCUUCGCCGCCGCUGGCGGGGAGCCGGAGCUGAGCGGCGCGCUGGGAGACGCCAUCCACGGCUUCGACUCCAGAGAGGAGUUCAAGAGCUGCCAUCUGUCCAUCCAGCCGGACGGGACGGUGACCAACAGCUACUACGACCCCAUGCCCGUCCACUCGGCCGGCAUGUGCCAUGACGUCAACAGGACAGGUGAGAUGAGUGAUCGGCGGCUUUCCCACCCUGCCUCCCACCCUGCCUCCCACCCUCCUUACCCAGUCAAACAGGAGCAGGGUCCGAGCGCUUCAGGCCACGUGUGCGGGAGGGUCGGCGAUGGCGAGCGCUCCGCGCAGAGCGUGUGUGACCUGGGCUACAUCCAUGUGGUGGAGGAAGAAGGAGGUGGUUCUCGUCCCCACAGCCAUCCACCCAAAGCCACACCCACUCCCCCCUCCUCUGGGUCUCAUAAUGGUCCUUCUUCUGGGAGCCCACCUCCGCAGGGCCCAUCCGGACUUGGCGCGGCCCAGAGCGAGGCAUCUGGGGCCGGCACACAAAGUCCCGGGACGUCCCCGGAGGCGCGUAGGCGUCGUUCAGCCUCGGAGCUAAUGGGCGAGGCUCCGGGUGAUCGCCCCCACCUGUGCAUGGAGUGCGGCAAAACCUUCCGGCUGGUCUCCAGCCUAAAGAAGCACCUGCGUAUCCACACGGGCGAGAAGCCGUACCCGUGCGCCGUGUGCGGCCGCCGCUUCCGUGAGUCCGGCGCCCUAAAGACGCACCUGCGCAUCCACACGGGCGAGAAGCCGUAUUCCUGUUCAGAGUGUGGCACACGCUUCCGCCACCUGGAUGGCCUGCGCAAGCACCGGCGCACGCACACCGGCGAGAAGCCGUACGUCUGUGCCGUGUGUGGCAAGCGCCUCAGCCGCCUGCAGCACCUCAAGCAGCACCAGCGCAUCCACACGGGUGAACCGCCCACUCGCUGCCCGCUCUGCCGCCGCGCCUUCCAGGAUGUCGCCGCACUCAGGAAGCACCUGCGGCACCACCAGGGCGAGCCGGGACUGGAGGAGGUCCGAGACAGGCUGGGGCUUGAUGCAGACGAGGAGGAGGACGGUGACCCGAACCUCCAAGGCUCCAUGGAGGACGAGGAGAUGAGGUUCGGGAUGUGGGGGGAGGAGGAGAGGGAGGAGGGGGAAGCGGCAGUCGACUGCGUGUAGGAGACAAAAGGAGAAGACGACAUGGACUUUCCUCCACUGGUCACCAACCGUGCUCCCGAAUAUUUGCCUACCUGCAAAAUUGAUCCAACCAGUCGUUCUCAUUUCCAGGACUGGGAAUGCUUUUCUCAGCACACCUAAACCAGCUUCGAGAAGGACUUGAGGACCAGAGUUGAGAAACCCUGAUCUAAAACAAUCCUGAGUUGUUGGUUUAGGGUUCAAAAUAAACUCUAGUUCGCAUAGAAUUCCUAAGUCCUUCCUGAUGCUGAACAGUGUAUUUCAAAUGCCGGACACUUCUAAUGCAGUAGCAGGAAGGGCUUGAGAACUCUAUGAGAACCAGAGGUUCUUGGAACCCUCAGGAUGUUGAGAAACCAUCCUGACUAAUUGGAUCAGCUUUAGCAGGUAAGGCUCAAACUGAACUCCAGCCAGGAGGAGGGUUGGUGACCACUGGCUUAAAGCUUUAAAAACUUCUUGGUGUGGAGACUAGAACUUUUGUGACUUGCUUGCGAACUGAUACAGGAGUCACUGGCCAUCGUUUGCCGCCAGACCUUGUGUAGAUCCUUUAAUCCCAAAUGGAGGAUCUUUACAAGCUUUUGCUGUUCCAAACGCUUGAAACGUGGAGAAGAAUGAGUGAGCAGAAUCGAGCAUUUGAGCUUGGCUUGUCAGCAGAACAGACUUUGUAUAUGUUACAGGAGUGGGAACAAAGACGAAGUUGUCACGUCAGGAGGACCUUUUCCGUGGCCCCGCGUCUUCCCUGCUGGACACACUGAACUCUUGGUCUUAUGUUUGGGACUUCACAGUGGGAACCUCCAAAACAGCUCCUACAGAGACCAAGUUCCAGCAGCCGUCUAACACCCCUUGCUGUAGUGGUCAUCUUCCCACGAUGAUGUUAAUUAGUUGGAUGUUCGCAUGUUAGAUUAGGGUUCUGGACUCUGCAGGGUGGACGAUGGAUAGGAUUACGUUGUAAGACUGCAGAUUUCAGUUUUUUCAUUUGUGUGUUAAUGAUAACGUCAGGUGAACCGGUUGUUGCCCUUUCACCACUGGGAGUCAGCCCAGUCUGCUCAUUUCUAACGUGUUAGCAUGGGUUAGCUCGUCUGUAGUCACGUGGAUGUUAUGAAGAUCUUCCAACGCCCCACGAAAAGGCAAACCACCAACUAUGGAGUUCUCAGCUGGAGAGGUGGGGUGGAGUUUUGUAACAUUUGAAAGCAACCAAUGUGUCGCUGCUGUCAGAACAAAAUCUCCAACUUUUUUGUUUUUUUUUUCCAGUUUUUUGGCGUCAUGUGGAAAUGCCUGUUGCCCUUUACAUUGUGUGCAGUUUUCUUGAUGAACCAACCAAAAGA